CUUCGUAUUUGGCUCUAAAAGGGAUAUAUACGUAUACUGUUACACGUAAAAGGUAGGGUAGAAUGAACUAAUACGGAGUUCCGUAAACCUUUACAAGAGCCUCCCUCAGACAGACCGGUGUGCACGUGUUGGGUGCGUGUUACUUCUUCAACUUGGACAUCAUGGCGGGAAAAGAAAUCGCGCUUUUGAGUGUGUCUAACAAGUCCGGGCUGGUGGAUUUUGCCCGCGGCCUCCAUGAGUUGGGUCUGCAGCUGGCAGCGUCAGGGGGGACGGCUAAAGCUAUCAGGGACUCUGGUGUGCCUGUCAAGGAUGUAGCAGACAUCACAGGAGCUCCGGAGAUGUUGGGAGGGAGGGUCAAAACUCUGCACCCUGCUGUACAUGGGGGGAUUUUGGCCCGUGCCUCUGAGAGUGACCAAGCUGACCUGGACAAGCAGGGCAUCCAGCGCAUCAGGGUGGUGGCCUGUAACCUGUACCCGUUUGUGAACACCGUAACUAAGGAGGGGGUGACAGUGGCGGAGGCUGUGGAGAACAUUGACAUCGGUGGCGUUACUUUGCUGCGUGCGGCUGCUAAGAACCACGAGCGUGUGACGGUGGUGUGCGACCCUGCAGACUACCCGACCGUCCUGGCCGAGAUGACCCAGAGCGAGGUGUCCGACACCAUGCCGGCCACCAGGAAAACUCUUGCUGUUAAGGCGUUUAACCACACGGCGACGUACGACGCAGCGAUCUCGGACUACUUCCGCCAGGAGUACUGCCAGGGCACAUCCCAGCUGCCCCUGCGCUAUGGCAUGAACCCGCACCAGAAACCUGCACAGCUGUACACAACUGAGGAGCAACUGCCUGUCAAAGUGAUGAACGGAUCUCCAGGUUUCAUCAACCUGUGUGACGCCCUGAACGCCUGGCAGCUCGUCAAGGAACUGCGCCAGGCCCUGGACCUGCCAGCUGCGGCCUCCUUCAAACAUGUCAGCCCUGCUGGAGCGGCUGUAGGUGUGGAGCUGAGUGAAACGCAGGCCAAACUGUGUAUGGUGGACGAUAUGCAGGCCCAGCUGACUCCACUUGCAAGCGCGUACGCUCGCGCCAGAGGCGCUGACCGCAUGUCAUCCUUUGGGGACUUCAUCGCUUUAUCAGACGAGUGCGAUGUGCCAACAGCCAAGAUCAUUUCUCGUGAGGUGUCAGAUGGAGUCAUCGCCCCCGGUUACCAGGAGGAAGCUCUGCAGAUCCUCAGGAAGAAGAAAGGAGGGAACUAUUGUGUGCUGCAGAUGGACCCGACCUAUGACCCCCCAGAGCUGGAGACGAGGACCCUGUAUGGCCUGCAGAUGCAGCAGAAGAGGAACGAUGCUGUCAUCAACAAGGAGCUGUUCUCCAACGUCGUCACCAAGAGGAAGGAUCUGCCGGACAGUGCUGUCCGUGACCUGAUUGUGGCUUCCGUGGCACUGAAGUACGCCCAGUCCAACUCUGUCUGCUACGCACGGGACGGCCAGGUUAUCGGGAUCGGUGCCGGCCAGCAGUCCAGGAUUCACUGCAUGCGUUUGGCUGGGGACAAGGCCAACAACUGGUGGCUCCGUCAGCACCCCAAGGUCCUGAACAUGACGUUCAAGAAGGGCGUGAAGCGAGCGGAGAUGUCGAACGUGAUCGACGUGUACGUGAACGGGACGGUCGGACAGGACAUGGAGACGUCUGCAUGGGAGAGCAUGCUGGAGAAACCACCAGAACAGCUGACGGAGAGUGAGCGUGGCCAGUGGAUCUCCCAGCUGAAGGGUGUGGCUCUCAGCUCCGACGCCUUCUUCCCCUUCAGGGACAACAUCGACCGAGGACACCAGAGCGGAGUUGAGUACAUCGCCAGUCCUGUGGGGUCUGUUCAGGACCAGAUUGUGAUCGAGGCUUGUGAUGAACACUACAUCACCAUGGUUCAUACCAACCUGCGCCUCUUCCACCAUUAACCAGGGCCUACACUACAUC